GUGUGAGAGAGAGUGAGUGACGCAAGCAGCCGGUCGGAUAGGUUGUGUAUCCGUGGCUCGGUGGGUGUCAUAGUUACUGUUAGCAGCCUGUGUGUGUAAGCGGAUUGACACAAUGGAAAAAUUAGAUAAAUAGAUUCUUUUCUGUAUAUGUUUGAUGAAGCCUGGGAUCUGGAUGGUGACGGAGCCGCGAGCGUGCCAACGCCUUGCAGGUUGUGAGAAAGCCGGGCGAGGACUUCAAGACGUUGUUUAGCGGUCAGUCCUUCUGCGCUGCUGAGACAUGGCUGACGGAUCAUACACAUGUUCUUCAGAAUGAUACGUAUACUAUGACUCUGAGACGAUGGCCAGCGAACCCCUGGAAGGUUUCCACGAGGUGAACCUGGCAUCACCCACCACCCCGGACUUGCACGGCGCCAACGAGCCACACGUGGCCAAGCCCAGCGCGCCACCCAGCAACUUGUACCGCACACACUCCCUGACCUCGAACCCCUGCCCUCCGAACACCCUCUAUGUCGACCAGUUACCCACACAGCCGGUUUACCCCGCCCCCCGAGACCUGGACAACGAUGAGCCGCACAACGGCAGCAUGCCCGGUCCGGAAGGCUUGGCCUCGCAGGAGGCAGGGGCAGGAGAUGGUGGUGCCUCGUUGGCUGACGAAGGCGAGGACCCGUUAGGCCUGAGCACGGACAGCCUAUCACGGCUCAGAAGCCCCUCUGUGAUGGAAGUCCGGGAAAAAGGAUAUGAGAGGCUGAAGGAAGAGCUCGCCAAAGCCCAGCGGGAGCUUAAGUUAAAAGACGAGGAAUGUGAGAGACUUUCAAAAGUCAGGGACCAGCUGGGGCAGGAGCUGGAGGAACUCACUGCUAGCCUGUUUGAGGAGGCUCAUAAGAUGGUGCGAGAGGCGAACGUAAAGCAGGCCACGGCGGAGAAGCAGCUGAAGGAAGCUCUUGGGAAGAUCGAUGUUCUCCAAGCCGAGGUGGCCGCGCUGAAGACCCUUGUUUUGUCCACAUCCCCUACAUCGCCGUGUAAGGAGAUGCCUUUGGGCUCCAAGGUGCCGUUUAAGAAAGGCCAUGCCCGCAACAAGAGCACCAGUAGCGCGAUGCUGGGCAGCCAGCAGGAGCUCAGCGUUCCUCAGCCCAUCGUACGGGACUGCAAGGAGGUUGAUUCCAUUCUGUUCAAUGAGUUUAAGGCAUGGAAGGAGGAACCCACUUUGGAGAGGGGCUGCUCCUUCUUGGACCGGGUUUACAGAGAGGAUAUUAACCCAUGUCUUUCGUUCUGCAAGAGCGAGCUGGGCUCAGCGAUCCUGGAGGCUGUGGAGAGAAAUACACUGAGUGUGGAGCCAGUGGGAUUCCAGCCACUGCCUGUGGUCAAAGCUUCAGCCGUGGAGUGUGGAGGACCCAAUGGCAGGAAGUCUGAACUAGUCACGAAGUGCGCCCUCAGUGGCCAGACCAAAACCUGCAAGCACAGAAUCAAAUUCGGCGACUCCAGCAACUACUAUUACGUGUCUCCGUUCUGUCGGUAUCGGAUCACCUCCGUGUGUAACUUUUUCACCUACAUCCGCUACAUUCACCAGGGACUGGUCAAGCAGCAGGAUGCUGAACAAAUGUUCUGGGAGGUCAUGCAGCUCCGCAAGGAGAUGUCCUACGCCAAGCUGGGUUACUUCAGAGACGAACUGUAAAAGAGGAGAGGAGCGCUCGUCUGGAAGGAACCCACGCAAUGUAGCCGAGAUGGAGGAGUUCUGCAGCUAACGAGGAGACGCUCACGGGGACCAGAUCUUUCCUCACACCUCAACACUCCAGCACUGUGUGUGUGUGUGUGUGUCUGUGUGAUUAACCGUCUAUGUUUUCGGGUCCUUUCCUAUUUAAAGUGCAGCUGCUGAUUUCAGGCAGAUUGCUACCUGAAGGAGAAGAAAAAAAAAAAAACGCCGGGUUGGGAUUCUGAAUGUUCCAGCAAAGAAACACCCCUCAACCCCCCGAAUCGACUCCUCUCGAGCUUUCAGUUCAUGCUAAACCUAGCUAGCGAUGUGUUGCUGUGCUGUUAUGUGCGUGGAAUGUGCUAUACAUCUGGAUUAUUUCUUUUUUUUUUUGGAAAACUGGUCCAAUCACUGGUUUUAUGUCUUCUUUCUUCCAAAAUCUCAUCACUCUUUCCCCCCCAUUUUGAUUUUUAGUGCCUUUCUGGAACACCGAAUAAAAUUGUAUACCUCCA